AUGGCCGCGGGAGGAGAAGCUGCGGGCCAGCCCGGCCUCACCGAGGCCUCUGCAGCCUCGCAGGCGCCCGCGACGUCGCCGUGCCAGGCACAGGAGCUGCGGGAGCUGGACGAGCAGCGGCUCUGGGAGCUGCUCGAGGAGCAUCGCUACCGCAUCGUGCGCAGCACCUUCCCCAACCGCCUCACCCCCUACCUGCGCCAGGCCAAGGUGCUGGACCAGCUGGACGAGGAGGAGAUUCUGCACAGCCCCCAGUUCACCAACCGCGCCAUGAAAGUGGGUCACAUGCUGGAUCUCCUGAAGAGCCGUGGCAAGAACGGGGCUCUGGCUUUCCUGGAGAGCCUGAAAUUUCACAACCCGGAUACCUACACGCUGAUCACCGGCCUGGAGGCCUCCACUGACCUCCACCGCUUCAGUGGCCUCCUGGAGAGCUCCAGGCUGACGGAGUGCCUGGCCAGGGCCGUGAGCAGCCUGCAGGAGGAGCUGGCGCAGGAGAAGAGGCAGUGCGUGGCCCUGGCGCGGCACUGCGGCCAGCUCAAGGAGAGCGUCACCCAGCUGGAGGCCCAGAACGGGAGCUUGGCGGGGGUGCAGGCCGACUACGACCGCAUGAAGAGGGAGGCCAGCACCCACUUUCACGAGGGGCUGAAGCUGAAGGACGAGCUGUACAACCUCUCCAUGCGCUACAGCAAUGCCCUGAAGGAGAAGGACUUGGCCAUCACGCGGUGCCAGGCGCUGCAGGAGGAGCUCUACCUGGCGAGGCAGGAGCUGCAGCGAGCCAGGGCGGAGCGGGGCUGCGAGGAGGAGAGGGCCCGGAGCGGCGCCGAACACCCGCGGGCGGGCGAGCUGCUGACGCUCGGGGAGGAAAAGGAGAAGCUGCGAUCGCCGAUGGAGCUGGAGACCUUCAGCCUGGCAGAGAAGGAUAUCCUGGAGCAGCACCUGGACGAGGCUCUGGAGGACAAGCAGCAGCUCCUGGAGCGCAUCCAUUCCCUGCGGGAGAGGGCGGCCGCGGCCGAGCAGCAGCACAAGCAGUGCUGCGAUGAGAGGGAGCGCGCGCUCAUGGAGUGCCGCAAGGCCAGGCUGGACGGCGAGAUCUGCAGGGAGAAGAUCUGCUCUUUGCAGGCACAGGUGGCCGAGCUGCAGAAGGAGCGAGACCAGGCGUACAGCGCGCGGGAUGCGGCCCAGCUCGAGAUCUCCCAGAACCUGCUGGAAAAGGACUCGCUGCGCAGGAAGGUGUUCGAGCUCACGGACGAGGUCUGCGAGCUGAGGCAGCAGGUGAGAGGGGCCGCGGGGGCGCCCGCCGAGGCCGGCGCGCAGGCCCGGAGGAGGAAGCAGCGGCUCGUGCGCAUGCAUGCGCUGUGCCCAGGCGACGAGAGCCGCCGCAGCGCUGCAGAGCUCUGGUGCGAUCUGGGCACAAAGCAGAGCCGCGACUCGGUGGAGAGCGGCCACUCGGGCAGCCCCAUCCCGCCCGGCACCAGCUCCCUGGAGAGCCUCCCCUCCCGGAGCAGCAGCUCCCAGAGCUUCCUGGAGGCGGACGGGGGUCUGGGCUCAGAGGAGGUGGAAGAAGCCGCACUGGAGUCUGCCACGUGUGACAAGGACGGCUCCGCGGCGCUGGGCUCGGCCCCCUCGGCCCCGGACAGCCUCGCCAUGCGCCGCCGUGCGGCGCGCCGCAUCCUCAGCCGCGUCACCACCGUCGCCUUCGAAGGCACCGCCUUGCUGGAGCAGAUCAGCGUCAUCGGGGGCAACGAGACCGGCAUCUACAUCCACACGGUCACCCCCGGCUCCGCUGCUGACGAGAUGUCCUUGUCCCCGGGGAACCAGAUCCUGGUGGUGGACUACGACAUCCUGGACUCCGGCUUCAAAGCUGUGCUGGAGGACGUGACGCUGGAGGAAGCCCUGUGGGUGCUGAGGAGAGUGAACGGCUUCUGCUGCCUCUCCGUGAGGCCCAACAUGGAGGGGUACAACAAGCUGGUGAGUGACCUGCAGAACAAGGUGGUGACCUCGGGAGACUCCUUCUACGUCCGAGCCAACGUGGCCAUGGAGGGGCAGGGCUGGGGGCAGCUGCCCGUGCUCUGCAACGACAUCCUGCACGUCACGGACACCGUGUCGGAGGGCGGGAGCCGGUGGCGCGCCUGCCGCGUGGACCCCUACAGCGCCACGGACACGGACGCGGGCACCAUCCCCAACUACGGCCAGGCCCAGCAGCUGCUGCUUGCCCGAAUCGAGGACAUGGUGCAGCUGGGCACAGCGGGCAAGCCCUUCGGGGAGCAGCAGAAGCUGGUGCGGGUUGUGAGCACCGAGAUGCAGCAGCUCAGCCCGCUGUGGAGGUCCCUGCCGAGCGGCGCCGGGACGCCCGGGGACACGCAGGGCAGCUCCAGCAGCCAGGGGGGCGGCUGCCUCACGCUGAUGCCCUACACGCUCGUGCAGCCCCGCCAGCCGCGCCACCCGCGGCCCGUCCUCCUGGUGCCCGCGCUGCUGGGGCAGCUGCUGGCCGACAGGCUCUGCAUGGACAAGGGCUUCGAGAAGUGCCCCUCAGAGCUGCAGGGAGAAGCGGGCAGAGCGGCGCUCCCGGGGCCGGACGCGCUGCGCAGCCGCUGCGCCCUCACCUGCCGCCUGCUGCACGCGCUGGCGGAGAAGGGCGUGCACGGGCUGCUGGACAUGGGCCUGGAGUGCGUGCAGCCCCUGCACUCCAUGGACACCUACCCCAUCCUGCUCCUGCUCCCCGUCACCGAGAAGGGCGCCAGGAAGCUCCGGAAGGCCCUGCAGCGGCACGGGGCCACGGAGGAGCAGCUGGUGGCGGGCGCGCGCGCCGAGCGGGCCCGGCUCGAGCGGCUGCCCUGCCUCUACGGCACCGUGCCGCCCGCCGCCUGGAGCGACCUGGACUCGCUCGCGGGCUGCGUCCGCGCCGCCGUCGCCGACGAGCAGAGCAGGACGGUGUGGACAGCGCAGGAGUCCUGCUGA